UGGGAGAGAAGGUGGAGAGCCUGCGGCCGGUAGGAACUCCUGGUAGCAUUAUGCGGCUGCUGCAGUGUGUCUUGCUGUGUGUUUCAUUAUCUCUUGUUUUGAGUGGUCAGCAUAAGCCUGAGACACCAGGUUAUUCCAGUGUGCUCCAUUGUGGGCUAUGGAGCUUCCAGUUUGCUGUAAACCUCAGUCAGGAGGCAACUUCUCCUCCUGUACUAAUAACUUGGGACAACCAAGGGCUGCUGCACAAGCUACAGAAUGACUCUGACUGUGGCACCUGGAUAAGAAACGGUCCAGGCAGCUCCGUGGUGUUGGAGGCAACCUAUAGCAGCUGCUAUGUCACUGAGUGGGACUCCCACUACAUCAUGCCAGUUGGAGUUGAAGGAGUGGGUGUGGCUGAACACAAGAUGGUUCCAGAGAGGAAGCUGCUCAAGUGUCCUAUGGAUCUUCUAGCCCGAGAUGCUCCAGAUACUGACUGGUGUGACUCCAUCCCAGCGCGGGACAGGCUGCCAUGUGCACCUUCACCCAUCUCUCGAGGAGACUGUGAGGGGCUAGGCUGCUGUUACAGCUCUGAGGAGGUGAAUUCCUGCUACUACGGAAACACCGUGACCUUGCGUUGUGCCCGAGAGGGCCAUUUCUCCAUCGCUGUGUCUCGGAACGUGGCCUCGCCACCACUGCUCUUGGAUUCUGUGCGCUUGGCCCUUAGGAAUGACAGUGCGUGUAACCCUGUGAUGGCAACACACGCUUUUGUUCUGUUCCAGUUUCCAUUUACUUCCUGUGGCACCACAAGACGGAUCACUGGAGACCGAGCAGUAUACGAAAAUGAACUGGUGGCAACUAGGGAUGUGAAAAAUGGGAGCCGUGGCUCUGUCACUCGUGACAGCAUCUUCAGGCUCCAUGUCAGCUGCAGCUACUCAGUAAGUAGCAACUCUCUCCCAAUCAAGGUCCAGGUUUUUACUCUCCCACCACCCUUUCCUGAGACCCAGCCUGGACCCCUCACUCUGGAACUUCAGAUUGCCAAAGAUAAAAACUAUGGCUCCUACUAUGGUGUUGGUGACUACCCCGUGGUGAAGUUGCUUCGGGAUCCCAUCUAUGUGGAGGUCUCCAUCCUUCACAGAACAGACCCCUCCCUGGGGCUGCUCCUACAUCAGUGUUGGGCAACACCCAGCACAGACCCACUGAGUCAGCCACAGUGGCCCAUCCUGGUAAAGGGCUGCCCCUACAUUGGAGACAACUAUCAGACCCAGCUGAUCCCUGUCCAGAAAGCCUUGGAUCUUCCAUUUCCCUCUCACUACCAGCGCUUCAGCAUCUUCACCUUCAGCUUUGUGGACCCUACAGCGGAGAAACAGGCCCUCAGGGGACCGGUGCAUCUGCACUGCAGUGUGUCAGUCUGCCAGCCUGCUGAGACACCAUCCUGUGCGGUAACCUGUCCUGAUCUCAGUCGAAGAAAUUCAGGCACCAUUUUUCAGAACACUACUGCUAGUGUUUCUAGCAAAGGCCCCAUGAUUCUACUCCAAGCCACUAAGGACCCUCCAGAAAAGCUCCGUGCUCCUGUAGACUCAAAAGUUCUGUGGGUGGCAGGCCUUUCUGGGACCUUAAUCCUUGGAGGCUUAGUAGUAUCCUACUUGGCUAUCAAACAGCUGAAUUGUCCAGACCAAACAUGUCAAUAAAACCAGACUGUACUCCCA